CCGCGACCCGGAAGCUGUCGUUGGCGGCCGCCGGCCGGCAGCCCGGGCGGAAUCUGGGCUGCAGAGCGCAGUCUCCGGUCCCGGCUGCUCCUUCCCGGCGGAGGACCUCUCCGAAGCCGGAGAAGACACCAUUGAGCCCACCACGCGCCCGGGCUCGGUCUCUACGCGCCGCUCUGGCGCUGUGUGACCCUUCCAGUCCGGCCCGGCCCUCGGCGUCUGUAAGUGUUCGGGGAGAGACCUCCUAAGGCCCUGCAUUGCUCUCCGGAGGUUGCGACGAGGCCCUCCGACCCCGACAUUAUGAGAGCUACGAAGCGAGGGCGGGAAGCAGAACUGCCCCUGUCGCUUUGUGGUGCCUGUAGGACGUCGAGGGCCCACAUCCUUAGCCGGGGUCGCGAAUAGCACCCUAGAUUUCCUAGCGUCCGGGACAAAGUUAUGCCCCACUCCCCAACACCGAAAUAAAAUAGAAAGAGGGCAGUCAUCUGGGGCAGUCCCCUAGCCCUUUCAAUCAUGCAGGCAGAAACAGUGUCCUCGCUACAAAAGACCUCAGCGGUGUCCAGCUUUGGCCUCAGUGACCUGCUCAGUAGCCGGAAGCUGAUGGCUGUCGGGGUCUUGCUUGGCUGGCUCUUGGUUAUCCACUUUCUGGUCAAUGUGUGGCUUCUCUGCCUUCUGUCUGCAUCGUUCAUGGUGCUGGGAGGAUGGCUGGGCUCCAAUGCCAUUGUGGGGGCUUCAGGUCGACUGCACCUGGAACGCUUCAUCCCAAUGGCCAUCUGCCCCCCAGACCCCGAGGCAGAGAGGCAGCUGGAACAGGAGAUCAACCGCACCAUCCAGAUGAUUAUUCGCGACUUUGUGUCAUCCUGGUAUCGCUCAGUGAGCCAGGAGCCAGCCUUCGAGGAAGAAAUGGAGGCGGCCAUGAGAGGACUGGCGCAGGAGCUGCGGAGAAGGAUGGGCAUGGUGGACAGUCAGGCUCUUGCCCAAAGGGUUCUGACUCUCUGCGGUUGCCACCUGCAGAGCUAUAUUCGGGCAAAGGAGGCUACAGCAGGAAGGCAGAGUGGUACAGUUGAGCCCUCCCAACUCUGGGAGGCGUACUGCAGGGCAACUGCCCCACAUCCUGCGGUACAUAGCUCCAGUGCUGAGGUUACCUAUACACGCAGGAUUGUGAAUUUGUUGCUUCAAGGACUCGUGCCAAAGCCCCACUUGAAGACUCGGACUGGACACCAUGUAGUGGUUGAACUCAUUACUUGCAAUGUGAUCUUACCACUGAUCAGCAAGCUGUCAGAUCCUGACUGGAUCCACCUUGUACUUGUGGGCAUCUUUUCCAAGAACAGAAAUGAUACAGCAGUAGUUAAACCACUCUGUCCAUCCAGUGCCCUGGAACAGCCCUCAGCGCCCACAUCUCUGCCGCUGGUCACUGAGGUACGGAGUCCACCAGAAGUAAGAGCCCCUUCUCCAGCUGCAGCCCCGGUGCUCCUAAACUGUAAUGAGCCAGAGGGACUGUUGCAUUGCUCCCCAGAAGUUGAAGAAGGCCAUGAAGCUAUAGAAGGAGAUUUGGGUGGAGUGCCAGAAGAAAGAAAACUAGGGAACAGCUCAUCUCAUUUCCUCCAGCCAGAUAUCCAAGGCCCUCUGUUCCUCUGUGAAGAUGCAGAGCUGGAGUCUCCACUGUCUGAACUGAGCAAAGAAACCAUCCUGCUCAUGACCCCAGGCGCCUUCCUGUCAGACAGGAUCCAGGAUGCCCUGUGUGCCCUAGAGGGCUCCCAGUCUCUUGAGUCUAAGGAUGGUGAGGGAUCUGAAGGAAUUGAAGGAACAGAGGCUGAGGAAGGUCCAGGAGCAGAAACAGAAACAGGCCUGCUGGUCUCCAUGCUGAAUUCCUGCCCAGAGAUCCAGAUUGACACCACAGAUAAGGAGGCAGAACAAGAUGUCACCUCUCUUACACCUUUGCUGGCGAGUCCUGAAAGGACCUGCCCGCCACGACCCUCAUGCUUAAAGAAAGAUCUUACCAAUGGUGUGAGCUCCUUAGACCCUAGUCUGCCACAGGCUCUGCUUUCCUCCUCUCCGACUGGUCCUCUCAGCUCAGCCACCUUCAGCUUUGAGACCCUGAGCAGUCCAGAUGGCCCAGUUGUCAUCCAGAACCUGCGCAUCACUGGCACCAUCACUGCUCGAGAGCACAGUGGCACCGGAUUCCACCCAUACACACUCUACACGGUGAAGUAUGAGACAGUCCUUGACGGCGAGAACAGCGGCAGCCUGCAACAGCUGGCGUACCACACCGUAAAUCGUCGCUACCGUGAGUUCCUGAAUCUACAGACCCGUCUGGAGGAGAAAUCGGAUCUACGAAAGUUCAUCAAAAAUGUGAAGGGUCCUAAAAAGCUCUUUCCAGAUCUUCCAUUUGGAAACAUGGAUAGUGACAGAGUAGAAGCCCGUAAGAGCCUCCUGGAAUCAUUCCUAAAGCAACUCUGUGCCAUUCCUGAAAUCGCUAAUAGCGAGGAGAUGCAGGAGUUCCUUGCUCUGAACACAGAUGCUCGUAUUGCCUUUGUCAAGAAGCCGUUCAUGGUCUCCAGAAUAGACAAGAUGGUGGUGAAUGCUAUCGUGGACACCUUGAAGACGGCAUUUCCUCGCUCUGAACCCCAGAGUCCCACGGAGGAACUGAGUGAGGCCGAGACAGAAAGCAAGCCCCAGACAGAAGGCAAGAAGGCUAGCAAGUCCAGGCUGAGGUUCCCAUCCAGUAAAAUUGCUCCAGCACUGAAUAUGAGUGAACCACAUGAGAAGAUUCUCUACUGUCUCCAGGAGAGCAAUGUGGAGUCAGAGACCUUAUCCAUGUCUGCGAUGGAAUCCUUUAUUGACAAACAGACGAAAUUACUAGAAAUGCAGCCAGGAGAAGCCCCAGAAAAAGAUCCUGAACAUGCCCCCAAAGGUCAUUUGGAUGAUUACUUGUCAGAUGCAGCCGUGCCAGCCCAAGACCUCAGCAACGAUGAUCCAAGAACAGAGACAGAGUUAGCUGACACAGCCCUAGAGCUGCUCCUCUUGCUGCUGACAGAACAGUGGAGGUGGCUGUGUACAGAAAACAUGCAGAAAGUUCUUCAUCUCACCUUCGGGACUCUAAUUCAGAGGUGGCUGGAGGUGCAAGUAGCUAACCUCACAUGUCCACAGCGCUGGGUGCAGUACCUCCAGCUUCUUCAGGAGUCCAUCUGGCCUGGUGGGGUUUUGCCUAAGUAUCCACGGCCUGUCAGGACCCAAGAGCAGAAGGCGGCAGCUGAGAAACAGGCUUUGCAGAGCCUGAUGGGAGCCCUGCCAGAUAUUGUGGUGGAGAUCCUUGGGGUGAACAAAUGCCAGCUGAGCUGGAGCCUAGUCUUAGAGUCACUACAGCAACCACUCAUCAACAGGCAUUUGAUUUAUUGCCUCUGGGACAUCAUCCUGGAAUUCCUGGAUCUCAGCGCCUCUGUUGAGGAGCCCCCCACGACCACCUCUGCCUCUGACACCCCAGACAGUGCCGGGAGGACGGGUGUCCCCCCUUAGGUGCAGGUCACCCGCCGUUCCUCGGAGGGUGGGGAGGAGGGUGUCUCUGCCGCCCAGAGACCACUUGGCCGGCCUGUGCCCUCGGAGCUGGGCAGUGACUCGGAAGGCACGGGUCUCGGUGACACGGGUUCCCCUCGGCUCUGCUCCACUGGAGCCGCUGACAGGGGUGUGCGUGCAGCUGUGUGCAUGUCCAGUUGUCACACCUUCUCUGGUGUUUGGGGUGUCACUCCUGGGUCGAUUGUUCACAGACAAUCUGCGAGGUAAAGAAGGAGCCCCUUUUGCCCUCCUUCAUAAGAUUAUUUGCCAGUACCUGGCCCAGUGUGUACGUGCACCUAAUCCGCCAACACACAACAUGUAGGAAAACCAGGAAGAAAAGAGAGCAGGUUUCCGUGGAGGAGAAGAUAAUCUCCUAAGCUCUCCGUUCCCACCAGGAACCUGGAAGUCCAUCAGGAUUCUUGAAAGCCACACCCCCGUCCCGUCUGCUUUCCCACAGGUCUGGGAGAGGGAGGGGGAGCAUCUCUCCGGGGACGUCUUGCUCUUGGCGGUGCUCCUGCACGGCAGCCCUAAGGAGCAUGUAUGUCAUCGGAGGCUGCCUCCCUGGGGGCUGCCCUUUCCCACCCAGAAGACUUCAGAGCAGACAGCCAAAGCCUCUGGUAGAUCCACCCCACCCUCCACACCCUUUCCUGAGAGAAAGUGCAUCACAGAUUCUAUUGCUUCUAUUUACUCUUAGUCUGCUCCCCAAGAUCAGCUGAGUUUGGUCCUCUGUGACCUGCCUUCCUUCAGCAGGAUCACAGGCAACGUGCACACUCAGCUCAGUGCUGCCAGUGGGAAGGGAAACACCUGCUCCCCAGCUGAGAAAGCCCAGAGAGCGGGAGCCAGGAAUGGCGGGCUCUCUCUCCUCCAGUCUGACCGGGAGCUGUAAUCGGAACCCAUACUAUUAGCAAAUCUACAGGGAAUUGACUGCCCACAAAAACAUUUUAACUUCCUGCCCUGAAGGGUCUAGUUAGUCUUUAGGAACACUGGUGACAAAUCCAAAGGGGCUGUCUGGCUGCAGGGUCUUUAAGAAAAGUGGGACAGUGGGCCCCUGGCCAAGGACCUCUGUGGGUUAGAGCUUUAUCCCGGGACACCAAGGUUGCAGGUUUGAUCCCAACCAGGGAACAUAAAAGAAGCAACCAAUAAAUGCAUACAUAAGAGAACAACAAAUCAGUGUUAUCUCUCAUCAAUAAAAUUUUUCAAUGGAACAACGAGGAGGAAGUGUUGGUAGGGAAGGAGGCAGAAGGGAGGGCACUGGAGAAGUGCUGUACAUUAAAUGCGUGCAAGAGCUGAGAAAAGGUUUGAAGGGUGUGGCUGGGAGCCAGGUGCCCACCCUUCCUCCCUCAGUGCUGGCCUGUUAGAGCCCUCCUUUCACUGAGUUCCAGACCCUUCCAUCCACAGGGGCAUCUGAUAAGAAUGGGUGGGUCUACAAUAAGAGUCAAGAUUCUCUUAGACUCUGAAGCAGGUGAUGUGUACACAAGUAAAGUGGUUCUGCCAACUUCCGCAAAUCCCCAGUCUUGUAACCCUGAAAUCUGUGCUACUGUAACUGUCGUUACCGCCUCGGGGCAAAGAGAUGACUGAGAUAGUGUCUCCUGGAGCCUGCUAACCUUGGAAGUUGAUUGUUAACAGUGAUUUUUAUGGCUCCAAAGUUCCACAAGCAUCUUUUAUCUCUUAGACCCCUCCGGGCAGAAGGAGUUCCGCAUGUCCAUCCUGGUGAGCAUUUGUAGGGGUGUGGAAUUGCGUGACUCCAGCUGACUUACUGGAGCCGAUCUUUACCUCCUGUAACAUGUUCAGACAACAGGGGACAUCUGGGGCCACAGAGCUCUUCGGGACAGGUGGCACCCUGUCUUCUGUUACCUCCUCUCCCCAUUCUUUACCCUUGUAUUUACGCAGCCACCUGUAUCACUUUGAAUCUCAGCUCCUGGUCUUGGCUCAGAAGUAGUACAGAAGCUGGCACAUCAGAAAAUCCCCCUGGCUAUAAAUUCUAAGGAAUCUUUUGGCACUUCCAACCCCCAAAACUUGUGUAUUUCAUGUUACAUAAGAGACCCCACCUGCAGUCACUCUGCCCUAAAAAGAUAAGCUGUCUUCAUACCCUCCUACCCAAAGGGGGAAUCAUGGAUAUCACCAAGGAAAUAAUCAAAACCCAUCUGGCUUCAAAUCAACCUGUCAACUUGCUACUUUGGGUAACAAGUUCAGACAACAAGGAGAUCGGCAUUUGGGAGAGAGCCACAGGUAUCGGGCAAAGAUACCGCCAGGUGAGAGUGAUGAGAGGCAAUGAGGAAUGGCGCUUGCACUAAUCCAGGACAGUGUUUAUCCUUUUUUUCCCCUACCGAGCCCAUUCAUUUUCCAGCUACACUUCCUCUCAUCGUACCCAACGACAGUCGUUAGGUCCUGGGUGGAGU